GGCUCUCUGUUAUACCAAAAUGCACUGUCUAGUCAAUGAAUGUAUUCCCAGAGAGGUCUGUGGACAAGUUCGCUGCAGUUGCAGUUGGCAGCACCAAAACAUAGAAAAUUUAUAAAUUUUGUCAAUACAUAGAAUGGAUUCUGCCAAUUUUGACAAUUUAAAGGACUCUAUAAGCUCAGCCACUUUAAGGAGCGAAAAAAUAAUGAAAAUAACUUUAAUGUGCAAAGAACAAUAAUUCAAACUUGAUGUUUUUAAUAAUCAAUGGCUAUCCAAAGUGUAUUUGGCCAGAGCAAACACAGCCUUGAUCCAGGCAGUAAUUUUAAUAACUAUAUAUUAAAAUGCAUAUUUGUGGGACUACUGUUCCUGCUAGAUUCCACCAGCGGAGACUGGCUAAUGGAUUGUGGCAAUUGUCACUGUAAAUGGAACUCUGGCAAGAAGACGGCCGACUGCCGGAAUUUAAGCCUCGGUGGUGUGCCCGAGAAUCUAAGUCCGGAGGUUCAGGUACUGGACUUGUCGCAUAACCGCAUCCUUUACUUGGAGGAGCAUGCAUUUUCCACCAAUCACCUGCAGAAUCUUCACAAGCUCAUCAUACGCAACGGAACGUUGAAGCACAUCAAUAAGCUGAGUUUCAGCCAACUGCAGAUACUAAUUGAGCUUGAUUUGUCGAAUAACUUCCUCACGGACUUACUGCCCAAUGUGUUUGAUGCCUUGUCCAAGGUUCGAGCUAUAUUGCUCAAUGGCAACCUCUUGCAAACCCUUCGCCGGGAUGUCUUCCACAACCUCAAGUACCUACACAAGAUAGAAAUCAUGCACAAUCGCCUUAAAAGCAUAGAUUCCCAGGCGUUUGUGGGCGUUCCGCUUCUAUCCCAGAUCUACUUGGACAAUAAUGAGCUUAAGAUACUCAAAACGGAGAGUUUUCGGAGCUUAAAUAAGCUCAAUACCUUGUCGUUGGUGGAGAAUCCAUGGAAUUGCACUUGUGACCUCCAAUUGUUCCGUAACUUUGUUAUAAACAUGAAUCUGUAUACGCCACCCACCGCGUGUCAUUAUCCACUGCAGCUGCGUGGAAUGCUGUGGAUCGAGGAUCAGCCAGAGGCCUUUGCCUGCAAGCCAAAGAUCGUGUAUCCCGGUCUGGGUACCUCCAUCAACACAUCCAAGGCAAAUGUGACGCUUAUAUGUCGGGUGCUCGGAACUCCCAACACAGUCAUUGCAUGGGACUUCAAUAAGCAACUUUACGAAUCUCACUCGAUGUCGGCGAAAAGUCUUCGACAGCAAAGGAUUCAUAUUGAAAUAUUGCGGGAGCAAAAGGCGAAGGAUCAGCAAUUUGGCCACGAUAUCUUUGUGUCACGUCUCACAAUCCUGGAUGCCAAGAAGAGUGAUGAGGGAGUCUAUACAUGUUUGGCUGAGAAUCCCGGAGGUAAAGAUGCUGCUCAUAUAAACCUCGUAGUCCAAAAGACACCACAGCGGAGCUCCCUUCUCAGCACUGAUCUCUUUGCCAUCAUAAGCCUUAUAGCUCUUGGGUUCCUGAGCAUCUCGAUCCUCCUGUCCAUGAUAACCUACUUCACAUACAAGCGCUUCAAAAAACUUCAUGAUAAUGGACAUCACACGCACUUGCCACCACCCAUAGGUGUUGCUCUGCAGCCACAUUCCGGCGAUGGAGCUGGAGGCGGAGUCAGUGCCGUAAGCGUGGGAGUUGUCCAGGAUAGAAAGGUUAUGUUGGAUCCAUCGAACUCCACUGAUCCUGCAAAGGGUAAAAAUUAUAUUUUAUUUAAAUCAACAAAUGGAAUUGUCACCGAAUUAAACCUUGAUGCUCGAAGUAACUAUGAGGGCGUGCUAUUAAAUAGCAAUUAUUUGGAAUAUCUUGGUAAUCAGGUCGGUGGUAGCAGGCCAAGUCCUAGUCUCUCCAAGGAUCAAGAAUGCGGUGCCACUCUCAAUAGCAAUGAGGGCAAACUUAAUGAUAAGCUCCAUCCCAGAUCCCCAGCUAUUUGUUUUAAUACCAAUAAUGCACCAACUCUGCCUUCUACCAGCAGCACCAAGAUUAAAAGAGAAAUCAAAGAAUUCCAACCAGACUUGCUGCCCUCAAAUGAAUCGUCUGUUUUGAUGGCCAAUAAAAGUGAUGAAGAUCCAAAGCAAUCUAUGGAUAAUCCUCGUCGCAAGUACAAUAGCAAUGUGCAAAAGUACCUAAGGGAGAAGUACGGCAGUGCUCGACUGACGGCUGUAAGCAAAGUAAGAAAGGACAACGGAAAUAGACAGGAACCGCAGGAAACUUCCAACACUUCGAUAUAGUCUGUACCUGGAUUCAGCCCUUUCGAAAACGAAUCAAAAGAAUCAUCCCACUCCUUGAAAUAUACCAGAUGUAGAUAGAUAUGGAAC